AUGAAUAAUUAAAUAUUUAUUUAUUUAUUUAUUAAUAGUACACACAAAAAAUUGAAUAUUAAAAUUGUACAAUCAAUAUAUUUUUUGUUAUUUAAUUCCAUGUUAGGAAAAUGUUAUUGGUUAAAUAUCACAGAUUAAUUAUCAUUAAAACAAACAAUUAAAAUCUUUUAUAUAUUAUGGUUUGUUUUUUAUAUGUUGGAAACUAGAUAAAAUAAAACUGAUUUCUUUGUGUAUUAUUAAAAAGAUAAUAAGCAUAGAUCAGAAGCUAUGUAGAGAUUUGUACUUCUACCAACAUUUGAGCAAUUUCGGUUGAUUUGA